ACAAUGAGGAUUUUCAUAGCCUUUGAAGGCUCUUUUGAACCAUUUGAUGUUUCAGCAGAUGAAACUGUGGAGGCUGUCAAGUUGAUGAUAAAGGAUUAUUUCCACAUUCCUCUCUCCGAAGACAAACAAGGCAGGCGGUAUCUGGAGCUGACGUAUUCCGGAGCUGCUCUAAAGGACAGCUGGAAUCUUGCUGAUGUUGGAAUAUCUUUCUGUUCAACUCUCAAAUGCUUUGUUAAGGAAGAAGACAAGCCUACCCUCUAUGUGUUCAACGCUGUCACCCAGGAGAAGAUGCCGAUAGUCGAGAGCACUGCCCUUCUCGGUAAAAAGGUGUCUGACCUGAGAACACUGGUCACUCUGAGGUGUGGCUUCCCCGUUGGUGUCUACUGUCUCCGGACGCCAAAGGGAUUGGAAAUGUAUGACUGCAACGGCCUCAGGGACUACCAGACCGAUAUCGGAACAACUCUUCGCUUGGACGUCUGGGAUGGCUGGAAGGAAUUUCUGAUGGGUUGUCUCCUCGGACAAAAACUUAAAGUCCAACGCUAUUUAUCAAAAGAAGGACCAGUACUCAAGUUUCAGAAAAGAGUCGCCCUGUACAUCGCUGCCUUUUAUGGGUACAUCGAACUCACUGAAUGGGCCCUGCAGCAGGGCGUGCGGCCCCACGAGGCAGUCGGUGUUCACCCCUAUCGAGCGUGGUGCCAUGAAGCCCUUCAUGCAGACGUCUCUAAAUGCCCCAUUCAUGCAGCUGCAGAAGCUGGCCAACUGUUGAUUCUGAAAGCCUUUGUCAACUGCAGCCUGCUGUGCCUGGAAUGCAAAAAUGCAGCGGGACAGACUCCCCUCACCAUCGCAUGCAAACACAAGCAUAAAGACUGUGUAUUAUAUCUGCUGAGUAAAAUGUGGUCUACAGUUUCUUUUACGAAAAUUUCAGUCCCAAUGAGGAUUUAUAUUAAAAUAAAACAAUGGGUCCUCAGAGCUCAGAGUCACAGUCUUCAUAAAAACCAGCUUUGUGGAGCAAGAGUGUUUGGGGCGAAAGUUGGAGACGCCAUAAUUGUGGAUGGUUUCACCAAACCAAGAAUGACCUCCAAGAGCUGGCAUAGGGCUGAGGAUAGGGACUCACAGAACACCUUGCGCAAGCUACCGCCUCUCAAAGAACAAACAGCGAGCAGGAGACCAGGCAAUCCUUUGACAAUUUCGCAGCCAGACCCAAAAGGACAAACCCUCAAACUUCCUCCCAUAGUAGGUGCGAAUCCACUCUUUGACUUACAAAGACAUCAACGACAAAACCAGAAGAAGAUGACUGCCACAGCCAGGAGGAAAGAAGAGCUGAUAAAGAACUCCUACCUCCCCCAAGUUCCUCUCCCCUCAGUUUCAAGAGUGGGAUAUUCACAUCCGUCCUUUCACUACGCGACACCCAGUGCUGACGUUUUACUAAGAUCCCCCCUCGCGUCGUUCUCAGAGCACAGUGGAAGGACCCCAAGGGAGAACGCUGUCUACUGCUUGGCUGUGGCGAGUACCUUUAAAGAGAAACGAUGGCUGCAGCAGUUAGGAAUAGCAAGAGUCCUGGCCAAAAAGAGUAUUUCUAACCUGACCACCCAAGAAGGCCUGAAAACAUGUGAAAAUCUUCCAGAAAUUAUGCUUUGAAAACUUAGAACGACCUCAGUUUGGGGAGCUCUCCAGUUCUAAUUUAACAUUUCUAUUAAUGGUUCUAAUGCUACAUGACUUUCAACCGACUAUUCAAUGUUGAAUACCAUGUUUUCUCAUACUCCACCGCCUUAAGCAAAGAUGGAAAGUUU